GCUGAUACAUUUGUUAUUGCUCAGUAAGCAUGGCUACGAAUAUCGAUCGUUUCUUCAGAGUCUGUUUUUCUUGAAAUAAGCCACGCGAGUUUCAUUAGCUACAGUGAAGGAGCCACAUCAUAAUGUGGCAAGAUAACGAAGUUCGAUUUGAUAUUUCUGUGGUAAAUCUGCAAAUGCGUCCUGGUGAACUUCUCAUCGAUAAGCUCGACAUGGUUGAGGAUACGAAAGGGAAUGCUGGCGAUCGUGGACGUCUCAUUAUUUCUAAUCUCCGAAUAAUUUGGCACUCGUUGACUUUGCCGCGAAUUAAUUUGAGCAUAGGAUACGCCACGGUAGUGAAUGUUACGACGAAAAAUGUGCAUACGAUUCAUGGUGGCAGCACUCAAGCCUUAUACAUCUUAACGACGUAUCGAGGCUGCAGAUAUGAGUUUAUAUUUACGAAUCAAGAUUUUAAAAGCUCUCGUCAUUACACGUCGGCGAUAGGCGUUUUCAGAGCUUACACAUCAACGAGGAUGUACAGAGAAAUUAAAUUACGAGGUGGUUUCGUUCACGAGAGUAGAUUGACGUUGUUGCCUUUGGAAAAUGUCCAUUCCACGACGUCGGGUGUAUGGAAUUUGUCGACGGAACAGGGCAACGUCGGAACUUUUAUCGUUACGAAUAUUCGUCUCGUUUGGUUCGCUGAAAUGAACAAUCAAUUCAACGUGUCGUUACCAUAUUUAACGAUAGCAAGUGUAAUAAUAAGGUCGUCAAAAUUCGGCCCGACCCUAGUGACAAUGAGUACCGAAUCGAGUGGCGGUUACGUUCUCGGAUUUCGUGUAGAUCCGCUCCAAAAGCUUUACACGUUACACAAGGAGAUAGCAGCGAUUCAGGCGGCAUACGAAAAAUCACCGAUAUUCGGUAUUGAGUAUACGUUCGAGCAUCAGGCGGUAUCGCAGCCGGAAUACAAACCGGAAGUGACGAAAGAGAUUGAGGAAAACGAGGAUGAGAUUGCGAAUGUAAUAGGCCUAUAUUUUUCCGAGGAAGGCGCGAGCCAGAGAAAACCAUUGUUCUCGUCUCACUUGGGGCUCGCAGCGGAAGAGCCGCGCGAAGGAAUCACAAUGCAAUCACUUUGGGAACUUUUACCAGCCACUUGAUCAACGUUUGCUGAAUUUUGUACAAAAAUUCCGCAAAUUGCUGCCUCGGAAAUAAACAAACCCAAAGCGCUCGAUUCCCUUGAACCUUUCGAAUGUUUUGAGAAAUAGAUUUUAUUGGCAAAAGCGA